AUGCUCCCGGUUGUGCGUUGCGACCGAUGCGAUCCAUGCGGUAAUUGUCAAGAUGCCGAUGUUGCAUGUACUCGGCAGCGGAAGGAAAGAAGCAGAAAAAAAUUAAACUCUCGCCUCGAGGUGAUCAGAGGCCGGGGCCAAUUACCGUGGAGUCCCAACCAAAAUACCCCAGAGCUUCAGCACGAAGCCCAGAAAGCAUCAUUCGAAAGGCAAGAAUUGCGAAAUGCCAUCUCGUAUAAUCCGUCCUUGGAAUUAGACGCGGCGCAAUUCUCUCGAACAAUCCCGUCAUUCGUUUCUCCGCUUCCACUUCUUGAUGCAAAAUUCGCUAUUCAAUUUCAGCUAGAUCAUCUGCCAGGCCUUGCCAUUAACCGGCGUGAGAUCUUGGAAUCCGCGUUGCGUCAUGCCGCUCAACUAUCAGACAGUUUCGAAGGGCAACUACAGGAACCCAGUGACGACAAUACCAGCAGUGGAGACGAAAUUCCUUCUCUCGAAUUAUUAAUGUGGAUCACGUCUGAAAUGAAAAGCGACAAGUUUGGGCCAUUUGUCAAAGACUAUUUCAGAUACAUCUCGGAAGAUACACUGAAGCGAAUGAGCAUUGAUCUUGUUCGUAAGAGGGUUCCAAAAUCUGAAUUUGCCAUUGGCUCCGUCUGUGUGAAUUCGAUGGGAUAUAAAUUCCUCACCAGUUUAAUGAGUCUUGAGACAGACCCUGAGGUCAUAUACGAGUAUCGACAAAAGGCACUACAGUACCGGGCAGCCGCGAAAAUGGCUCUCCAGAGAAUUCCACUUGUAGCUGCCCCAUCGCUGGGACUUCUCCAGGCGAUUCUCUCGGGGAUAUUCCUCCAUCAAGGAACUGGAGAUGUUACUUUCUGUUGGGAACUUACCAGAACUGCCUGCAGAGCUUGCGUUGACCUCGGUCUUGAUAUGACAUUUAGUGAAGGCAAUGCUCUAAGUGAAGAAGAGUUCUACUGCUUAGCCUGGUGUUAUAUGUUGGACAAAAAUUAUACCUUCAAGCUGGGACGAUCUGUGUCUCUGCUGAAUGCUGAUUUUGAAACGAACUGCUUCAAAUUACAGGUCAAUCGACACUCAAUAUCGGAGAACAUGUUAUUGAACAUUGAACUUGCCAAAAUUCAAGCAGUGGUCAUUCCAUAUCUGGGAAGCCGCUCAUUGGAAAUGCCAACCUCCAUCCCAUCCUUUCAUGAGGUUGGUGGACGUCUUUUGAUUCAGAUGAAUCAGAUACAAGCCAGAAUCGAAAAGGUCGCAUGCCCUUCGCGACUUUGGCAGGGCCUAAAUGCCCAGUCUGAAGUCUCCGCGCUCCAAUUUGCCUAUCAUUCUACCAGGACGAUGACUUUGAAUCUCCUCCAAAAUUGUCAUGAGCAAUCUCUCGGUGCCCAUAAUCUAUACCUACAAUCAGCUCGCCAAGGUUUGUCUUCACUCAUGUCAAUGUGUUUGUCCGCCGAGAAACAAAGCGCUGUGGCAUUUUUGCACUGGACUCUACUAUAUUAUCCUAUCAUGGCGUAUUUCGUGCUAUUCUGCAAUGUUGUCGCCACAUCAGAUACAAACGACUUUAACCUCAUGAAAGCUAUCGCCGAUUUAUUGUCCCACAGCGAAACAUCGAGCCGUCCAAUUAAGCAAAUAACGACCAUCUUUCAACAUUUUGUAUCCCUCUCCCAAGAAGUCUUUGAUUACGAGGCAACUGCAUUGGUCAAGGCCAGUAAUUCUCAACUGAAAUCUCAGACGCAUAUGACUCCGCAAUAUCCGAAUGCCAAUCCUUCCCAGUGGGGUUGUGAAGUUGCAGAAUCUGUGAUCACUCCGCCUCUACUGACUCAGGUCGAAGAUUACCCGGAAAUGAUUCCUCUUCCAAUGGAAGAUCUAUUCCCGCUCUUUACAGAAUCCUUCGAUCAUUUCACGCAAAGGGCUGGCCUAUAA